AUGGUGCACUGGACCGAGGAAGAGAAGAAGCUCAUCACCACCAUCUGGGGCAAAGUGGACGUAGCGGAAACCGGCGCCAAAGCCCUGGCCUACUUGCUGGUGGUGUACCCCUGGACCCAGAGGUUUUUUGCGGAUUUUGGGAACCUGUCCAGCGCCACCGCCAUUCUGCGGCAACCCCAAGUGCGUGCCCAUGGCAAGAAGGUGCUGACCUCCUUCGGAGACGCCAUCAAGAACUUGGACAACAUCAAGCCGACCUUUGCCAAGCUGAGCGAGCUGCACUGCGACAAGCUCCACGUGGACCCGGAGAACUUCAGGCUUCUGGGCGACGUCCUCCUCAUCGUCAUGGCCGCCCACUUCGGGAAGGACUUCACCCCCGCCGUCCACGCCGCCUUCCACAAGCUGGUCCGCGUGGUGGCCCACGCCCUGGCUCACCGCUACCACUAGUCCCCCUGCAGGCACCCCCUGCCCCGCUCCCCACCACGUGACAUCACAGCCUAAUAAACGCCAUGGCCUGGCAACUGA